AUGAGUGGAGGCCACUUGAGCAAGGAGUUUUUCGAGCUGGUGAAGAGCAUCGGCGAGUCUAGAUCAAAGCAGGAGGAAGACAAAAUCAUUGUGGGCGAGAUCGCUAUUCUGAAGCAGCAUCUGAGUGCCCCGAACAUAUCGGCAAAGAAGAUGAAGGAGUACAUGAUCCGAGCUGUUUAUGCAGAAAUGCUCGGUCAUGAUGCAUCCUUCGCAUACAUCCAUGCCGUGAAGCUGACCCACGAGAAGAAUCUGUUUGCGAAAAGGAUUGGAUAUUUGACAUGCAACCUUUUCCUGCACAGAGAUCACGAGCUUAUGCUGCUGCUGAUCAACACAAUGCAGCGGGACCUGGGAAGCGCCAACCACAUUGAGGUGUGCUCUGCCCUGACUUCGGUUUGUCGGCUAGUCAAUUUGGAGAUGAUCCCGGCAAUCUCGCCUCUCGUUUUCAAGCUGCUUUCUCACCCUCAGGAGGCUGUGCGGAAGAAAGCCGUUGUAGCAGUGCACAAGUUCUUCAAGAUCGUACCUGAAGCUGUCCUAGAUCAGAAGGACCAGAUUCGGAAAGUCUUAUGUGAUCCAGAUCCAUCCGUCAUGGGAGCAUCCCUCCAUGUCCUAUGCGAGGUCGCGAAAUCUCAUCCGGCUUCAUGCAAGGACUUGGUGCCUUCCUUUGUAAGCAUCCUGAAGCAAAUAACGGAACAUCGCUUGCCGAGAGACUUUGACUACCACCGGAUGCCUGCACCAUGGCUACAGGUGAAGCUCCUCUCCAUCUUAAGUGUUUUGGGGACAGCCGACAAAGCAUCAUCCGAGCACAUGUAUGAGAUUCUCCAGGAGUGUAUGCGUCGUGCAGACAGUGGGGUCAAUGUCGGCUACGCCAUUAUCUACGAAUGUGUGAAGUGUAUCACCAAAAUUUUCCCGGACCAUGGUCUUUUGGAGCUCGCGGCUUCAAACAUUUCGAGGUUCAUCUCCUCUGAGAACCACAACUUGAGAUAUCUGGGUGUUACCGGGCUUGCGCAAAUCGUGCAAGUGAAUCCGACAUAUGCUGCAGAGCAUCAGAUGGUUGUCGUGGAUUGCUUAGAGGAUCCGGACGAAACGUUAAAGAGGAAAACUUUGGAUCUGCUUUUCAGAAUGACCAACCCGCAGAAUGUGGUGGUAGUUGUCGACAAGCUGAAUUUUCAUCUCCGCACCAGCGUGGAUGCGCAUCUCCGGCGCGACCUGGUGCAGAAGAUCACCUCUUUGGCAGAGCGCUUUGCUCCGGACAAUGAAUGGUACGUGAACACCAUGAACACUGUCUUCGAGUUGAGUGGCGAGCUCGUUCCUGCAGAGACUGCUUACAACUUGAUGCGAUUGGUGGCAGAAGGUGCUGGGGAGGACGAGUCGGCCGACCAAGCCUUUCGUGUGUUCGCCGUGAACACAUACUUGAAGCUCCUGGAAAAGUCCACUCUGUCGGACAUUCUGGUGCAGGUGAUUGCUUGGGUCCUUGGUGAAUAUGCCAGACUUGCAAGUGUGGAUGGCUACAGCAUUGAAGACAUCGCAGAUCUUCUUUCCGAAUGUAUCGAGCGGCCGUUUGAAGAUCCAGCGACCAGAGGAUUUCUUGUGACAGCUCUGAUGAAGCUGAUUGGCCAACAUGGUGUCAAAAGCACGACAGCUGAAGACAUCAUCCGAAGUUACCGCUCCUCGCGAAUGACGGACCUGCAGCAACGCUGUUACGAGUUCGAGCAGCUGCGCCAAUCGCCAGCCGUGAUGCGCAAGGUGUUGCCGUAUGAUGCCUCCUGCGAAGAUAUCAUCGUCAACAAGGACCUCAGCUUCCUCGACUCUUUCGUAAGAAGAAAGCUGGACGAAGGUGCGAAGCCGUACCAGACGGCAAUUGACCGUGCUCGGGUGCAGGAGGGCAGCGUUGCACCAAAGGUCGAGGCCGAACUGAAGCCUUCGCUGAACUUCAUGCCGUACGAGGCCCCUACGAAGCCCCAACCUGCAGCUCCGAUCCAAGACGAACGUGACACAGGCCCUGCAGAAGCCCCUAUUCCCAAGGGGCUUAAUGUGUCUGGACCAAGGAAGUGGGGCCCAAGUGGCUACAAUCAGCCUGGCGGCAAGCCGGAUCCUCCACAGGCCAUGAGCCACGAGAAGCCCUUACCACCAGAACCCAUGCAGGCACCGGUGCCAAAGACCACCACCCCGAAACCAGCUGAACCUGUUGUGAGCGAGAAGCAGAAGAUGGCUGCUGCCCUCUUCAGUGGCCUCGGAGGUGCUGCGGCGCCUGCGCCUGCGCCAGCUGCGCCUGCAGCGCCAAAGCCACCUCCAGCUCGUGCCCGCGAGCCGGCCGUCGAGAAGGCAUCUGAGCCUUCGCAGCCUGUUUCAGCUGCCGUGGACCUGCUGGAUCUAGAUGAUGCAGCUCCGGCGCCGGUUCCGUCACAGACCGCCGAUGGGGACAUGCUCCUCUUGGACAUGGAUGAUGCAAGUCCAAGCCCUGCACCGCCACAGAUGCCUCAGCAGCAGCAGCAGCAGCAGCCGUCUAUUCUGGGGCCGCUUCAGGUUACCACCGCCCAAGUAGCUGCCACUUGGCCACAGCUGGCGUCUGAGCGCAUUGUCCAGAUGCACACGUCUGUGGGAAGCUGCCAGGAGAUGAUGCUUAGACUGCAGGGCGCAGUGAACGUCAGCCCCGUGGAGAUUGUGGGCAUGGAGGGCAUCGCAGCCGGUCGAGUUCUGCCUGGAAACGACCCGUGCUUCUUGCAUGGGAAGCUUGCUCCUCCUCGGCUCGACAUCAAGGUUAGAUGCCGCGAUCCAGGUGUGGCGCAGAGCGUUGCGGACCUUUGCCAAAGGUCGCUGGCUUGA